AACAAUACCGAAGGUUUCGUUUGUAAAUUUGAUGGAGUUGCUUGCUGGCACCCUGAUGGAAUGAGGUCAUAAGUAUCCAACUCAGAAACAGGGGGCUCUGGGGCCAGUUUCCUCGGGGCAUUAAAAACAGCUCAAGUUUAACAGGGUUAGACCUUUCUUCUAAUGAACUUUCAGGACCCCUUCCACUUGACAUUGUCGAGUUAGUCCCGUUUAUCUCAAUCCUUGACCUCUCCAGCAACAAUUUUUCUGGCGAAAUUCCAAAGAGCUUUGCCAAUUGCAGUUAUCUAAAUGUUCUUAAACUUGACAACAACCAGCUAUCCGGUGAAAUACCUCCCCAAAUUGGCAACCUCGAUCGUUUGAAUGUCCUCAAUGUUUGUAACAAUAAGAUGUCAGGGUUAGUCCCUGUCUUUGGCAGUACCGCAAUUACAGCCGAGAGCUUUGCUAACAAUAAGAACCUUUGUGGAAAGCCUUUAGAACCCUGUCCAACUCAAAAGCGUGGACUGAAAUUCGACUUUUCAUUCCAAAGUGGGUUUCUAGUUGGUUAUGUGGUUUCUGCAGUUUCAGUAAUGACUAUUUUUGUGUCCCAUUAUGUGGUUUGCAUGAAUGAAAGGAAAACAGAUAAGAAGAUGACACUGUCGAAGGAGAGGAGUACUAAGAACGAGAAUAAAGAAGCUGAUCAAGUUAAUCAGUCGCAAACUAAGGGGCUCCUGCAAGAAGGGACCAAAAAGAUGUCUCAGAUGGAGAGAAUGGUUACUAGAAUGAGCUUUACAGAAAUUAGUGAGGCGACUGGCUAUUUCAACACAAACAAUGUCAUUGGAAUGGGAAAGAUUGGGAUGAUGUACAAGGCAGUGCUUCCAAAUUACUGGUCUCUUGCAGUUAAGAGGUUAAAUAAUUGUCAAUCAUAUGAGACACAAUUCCUAUCUGAGCUAUCAGCUCUGGGUAUAUUGAGACAUGAUAACCUAGUUCCCCUCUUGGGAUACUGCAGUGAACAGAAUGAGAAACUUCUAGUGUACAAAUACAUAUUGCAUGGCAACCUUUAUGAUUGGCUACAUGUAGGAGAAGGAGAACUCAAGGAUAAGAUCUUGGAAUGGCCUUUGAGGACUAAAAUUGUAAUUGGGAUAUCAAGAGGCCUAGCAUGGCUUCACCAUAAAUAUGAAUUCCAAGUGGUCCAUCUCAACUUGGGUUCAAACUCUAUCUUAUUAGAUAGGAAUUUUGAGGCCAAGAUAUCAAAUUUUUGGGGGGCAAAAAUAUCAAGUUCUGGAGGGUUAAUGUUCAUGAAUUCAAAUGUCAUCAACACAAGAAAUAGUUCUUUUGUAGACAGUGGGGUAUGGGAGUUGGGUUUUGUUAAAAAGGAUGUCUAUGACUUUGGAAUUCUGCUUCUUGAGCUAAUUACAAGAAAGGAACCCACUGAAAUUAACAGUUUUUCAUACAGAUUUAAUGGGAGUUUGUUUGAUUGGAUAACUCACCUUUUGAGCAAUUCAUCUGAUAUUUACAGUGUUAUUGAUAAUUCUCUGAUUGGCAAAGGAUUUGAUGGUGAAAUCUUUGAGUUACUUAGAAUUGCAUGUACCUGUCUUAACCCCUUCCCUAUUCAAAGGCCAACAAUGCUUGAAUUAUACAAUACAAUAAGUACUUUUGGAGAGAGAGAUGGCAUUAGAAAUGACUCUGAGAUAUUGAUGCAACCUGAAAUUGCUAUUGCAAAUAGCUCAAUUGACAUCAAUACAGUAAGUACUUUUGGGGAGAGAUAUGGCAUCAAAAAUGACUCUGAGAUAUUGAUGCAAUCUAAAAUUGCUAUUGCAAGUAGCUCAAAUGAAAUUGUUGAGCUAGAAAUUGCAGAGACCAAUUGAAACAUGAAAUAAAAAGUGUAGCUUUCACAUUUCGAAAUAUAUGCAUGUAACAUAUUUGCUGUCCCAAACAUUAUUUGGGUUACAUUUUCUUAUUGUGAUAUUUUUUCUGCCCUUCACUAUCUUUUUGUUAUCUUUAUCCCAUGAAAUAAGAAUUAAAAAAAUAAGGAUUCUAGAGGUUUUGGAGCCACUGCAGUGGGAAGGGGAAACCGGACAUUUGUUGAGGUUACAAAGAGAGACUA